GAGGGAAGGUGCAGGCAUAGCAAGGCACAGAGGAUUCCCUGUUCAUGGCGACAGAACUGGAUUUAUCAGAAGGAACGGUGCAGAAUAUCCUGGACCAAGACACACUCAAAUGGGUUUUUGUUGGAGGGAAAGGUGGUGUUGGUAAAACGACUUCCAGUUCGAUUCUCUCCAUUCUUCUUGCUAAAGUUCGAUCAUCUGUUUUGAUCAUCUCCACCGACCCGGCUCAUAAUCUCAGCGAUGCGUUUCAACAGCGCUUUACCAAGUCUCCCACUUUGGUCAAUGGAUUCACGAAUCUCUACGCCAUGGAGGUGGAUCCUAAUGUAGAGAAUGAGGAAUUGCACAAUACGGAAGGAAUGGACAGCUUUGUUUCUGAGUUGGCGAAUGCAAUUCCUGGAAUUGAUGAGGCCAUGAGUUUUGCCGAGAUGCUCAAAUUGGUACAAACAAUGGAUUACUCUGUUAUAGUGUUUGAUACUGCUCCAACAGGUCAUACACUCCGGCUAUUGCAGUUCCCAUCAACAUUAGAGAAGGGACUGGCAAAAAUGAUGACCUUAAAAAAUAAAUUUGGUGGCCUUUUAAGUCAGAUGACACGCAUGUUUGGCAUUGAUGAUGAAUUCGGUGAAGAUGCAAUUCUUGGAAAGCUGGAAGGCAUGAAAGAUGUGAUUGAACAAGUGAAUAAGCAAUUCAAGGAUCCAGACUUGACAACUUUCGUCUGUGUUUGCAUUCCUGAAUUCCUGUCCCUUUAUGAGACAGAGAGGUUGGUGCAAGAACUCACAAAGUUUGAGAUUGAUGCUCAUAAUAUCAUCAUUAACCAAGUAAUCUUCGAUGAAGAAGCUGUUGAAUCCAAGUUGCUGAAAGCACGAAUGCGGAUGCAACAAAAGUAUCUCGAUCAGUUCUACAUGUUGUAUGAUGACUUCAACAUAACCAAAUUGCCAUUGCUUCCAGAAGAGGUGUGCGGAGUUGAAGCGCUGAAGAAUUUUUCAAAUUACUUUGUAACACCUUAUCAGCCUUCCCUUAAUAGAGGAACUGUUGAAGAACUGGAGCAGAGAGUAUCCAUGCUAAAGGAACAGUUAAAAGAAGCCGAGUCAGACCUGGAGAAACUAAGAAAAGGAAAGCAAAAGGUCUGAUCUGUCUUUCCAUUUGCCAGUGAUCCAGUUCUCUUAUAUUGCUGAUGCACAAAUGGUGGCUUUCUCAGCUGCGUUUGUCUACCACUGGUAAGGUAUUAUUUUUCUCUGCUCCCUGUUGUGAAUGCUGGCCAUGGAAGGUGAAGAAUUUUGUUUUGGGUCCGGAAGCAGAACAAUCUCUAAAUUAUUUUAGCUAGUGAAGAUUCAUUAUUAGAGUAGAUAAGUUGUACUUUUCUUGGAUCCUCCAAAGUAUGAACAGGUUAACCUAAUGGCUACUAUACAUUGUUGAGGACAUAGGAUCCAUAUUUGCCUGUUAGGCUGUACCAUUGUUAGCAAAUUCAGAUUCGGGAAUAAUUCGGAAUAUACGGAAAGUUUGGGUUUA